AUGGAAAGCAAUAGUUUAGUUCCUCCACUAGCAUUAGGCAAUUCAGACGAAACAGACGAAAUAAUGUAAGAUUUUACAUAGUAAACAGCUAGAAACCCAAAGAACUACAUAUGAAAAAUCAGGCCAGUUCCUCGAAGCUGAAAAAGUCCAUCAAAGAAUCCUCGAUCUUAAAGCAGACCAAAAAAAAAGACGUGAAGAUGAGCUCUCUGAGCGCCAAGCCAAAGAAGCUGCCGAAUUAGAAACCACUUUUGAAGAAGAAUUUAAAGCAUUUAACGACGAUUGGGACAAUCGCAUGAACACUUAUAAAGAAAACUGCAAAGAAAUGGAACAGCAAAUGAGAAAUAAACAAGAAAACGAGUUUGAGACCACCAAAAAAAGCUUAGAAGAAACAAUCCCAAUUAUCCCAAAGCAUUCUUCUGAGUAUUUAAAUCUUAAAAGAAUCCAAGACACCUUAGUCAGAAAUAAAGAAUACGUAGAAGCUCACGCAAUCCAGCAGCAGAUGCUUGAGUUAGAAGAAAACGAAAAAAAAGACUGAGGAAAAGACAGAGACACUCAAAUUUCAUUGAGUUUGGGAACUUUGGCCAAAAGGCAUGAACACGAAAUAGAGGCAUUUAAGCUAAAAGCCAGCAAAGGCUUUGAUGAACUUAAGAAAUUAAGAGCUUCAGAGAUGGAAAGCUUGCUAAAGAGGUACCAGAACUUAAAAGCUGAGCAGAAAAACAACCACAAGCUGCAGAAAAAUAGGUUUUACGGCAAACAUACCACUGGGUCUGGGCUUUAUAAAACAGAAAACACUGCUUCUUCAAAAGUGUUAUUUAGCCCUAGGGCUCAAUUAAAUAGGCCAUCAACAGCAGCUCUUAGGCUGACAGUUGAAAGCCAAAACGAAAAUAAUUCUCAAGUUAAUAAUCUUUAA